AAAAUUUGGCUUUUGAAGAAUAGAGAUUUAUUUAGAGCUUUGUUUGUUCAUUAAAAUAGGUCAGAUGGGAGGUGGUGACUUGAAUUCCAAAAAAUCAUGGCAUCCAAACACAAUAAAGAACCAGGAGAGGGUUUGGAAGGCAGAACAGGCGGCUGCAGAAGAAAAGAAACGUAUUAUGGAGUUGCAACGUGAAAGAGCUGAGGAAAUGGGGCGAGCAGAACUAAAUGAAAUGGCCAGACGCAAUGCUGGCUCCUCUAAUGACAACCGCUUAAACUGGAUGUAUGAUAAACCUGACAAGAAAGUACAAGAUGAGGACUAUUUGCUCGGUAAAUCAAUAGAAAAAAAUUAUGGGCAGUCUGAAAAAGAAGAGCAAGACACAAUACCAGCUGUUGCACGUAGAAUUGUUGGCUCGAGUAUGAUGGCCAGUUCUGGAGAUGGCCAGGUCGACUUAGCUCGCAAGAUGCGUGAGGAUCCUCUCUUACUUGUCAAAGAAAGAGAACGAGCUGCAAGGGCAGCACUGCUCAAUAAUCCAUUGCAAAGACGUCGUCUGGCAGAUUUAUUGCGCAAGGAACAGGAGGAAAGAAAACAUAAAGUUAAGAAAAAGUCAAAGAAGAAAGGAAAAGAUCUAGACGAGAAACUUGCAGCUAAACUUUCAGCUUUAAGUGGGGAUAAAGGUGUAGAUAUUGCUAAACUACUCAAUUCAGAUUCAGAUUCUUUGUCAGACUCUGAUGAUAAACACUCUAAAAAGAAGAAAAAAAAGUUAGAUUCAGACUCCUCAUCAGACUCUGAUGAUAAAAACUCUAAAAAGAAGAAAAAGAGGAAGAAAGAAGAAAAAAUAAAGAAGAAAUCCAAAAAAGAAAAGAAGAAAUCUUAUCAUUCAGAAUCAGAUGAUUCAUCUAACGAAGAGGUUAAGCAGAGUAAGAAUAAAUACCCAGAGGACUUCAAUGAAAAACAUUCACACAGUCACAAAUCUGAAUCCAGAAAGCGUAGGAGUGAGACUGAAGUUUCAGAUUAUGAGUAUAAAAAGAAAUAUGACAAUUCCAGAAAGGAGUUAUAUAAGGUAAACAAACAACGCAGGGGAUCAAGUGAUGACGAUGACAAGCACUAUAGGAAGAGAUCAAUGAAUGAACAUAAUAAAAAGGCAGAGCGGGAGAAGCACAAGAAAGGUGGGGGAUUGAGUGCAGAGGAGAGAGCGGCCAAGUUAGCAGAGAUGGCGGCGGCCGGCGCCGAGCGCGAGGUGCAGCGCGGCCGCCGCGUGGCCGACCAGCGCCGCGCCGACGCCGCCGCCGACGCGCGCGCCCGCCCGCCCCCCGCCAAGACCGAGGCCAGGGCCCUGCCCGACUCCCUGGAGAGCCGGAUACAUUCCAACAGGCACUACAUACAACGCGACAGGCAUCACAUGAAUGAAAACUUCGCACGAAGGUAA